AUGGAAUCAGGUUGGGCGCUCGUUUGGCUGCUAUGUAUUCUAAUCUCCGUCAGAACAGAAGCACGACAUAAGGGUCACCGGCACGCCAGGAUCCAGCCCAGAAUCUAUAAUGGCAAAAUAACGACAGUCGAAUCGCUUGGAGGAGUGGGCAUUCAGCUCUUCAAUAAGAAAAGUCUCGUCUGCACUGCAACACUACUCACAUCACGACACAUCCUUACGGCAGCCCAUUGUUUCGAAGACGCAAAGCAGUCUGACUUCCACGUAAUCGGUGGAAUGUCAGAUGAAUUUAGACGGCACGACACCCACAUUAAGAAGAACAAACUCAUAAAAGUGCGAGUUCAUCCGAAAUUUGCAAAAGAGAAAUUCAUCGCGGAUAUAGCGGUGGCCAAGAUCAAGUAUCCCUUGCAGAACAAGAACGUUGGCUAUGCCCAGAUCUGUCGAACGGUCCUGCGUCCAAAGGAUAAACUCAUUGCAGCCGGUUGGGGAUUCCAAGGCGGCAUCUGGGAUGAGCUAAAAAGGAAAGCUUUUCGCUCGAUGACAGUGGGUUUUGUAAGCAAAGGGGCUUGUGAGAAGCAGCUGGGUCGCAAGAUGCCACCCAAUGUCAUCUGUGCCGGUGCCUACAAUAACCAGACUCUCUGCUUCGGCGACUCCGGCGGACCACUUCUGUUGGGGCGGCAAGUUUGUGGCGUCAACACGUGGACUUUCAGAUGCGGCAACAACGAAAAGCCAGACGUGUACAUGGGUGUCCGAUAUUAUGCCCCGUUUAUCAACAGAACUAUUAAAGAAAUGGGCUAUUGAAAAAAUCGAUCGAUUCAGUUCCGUCACUUCCUUCCAUCCCGCCCAGUAAACAAGUAAACUUUUUGUUAUCAUUAUAUUUGUAUAUCCUGAAAUAAAACAGAGAGAACCCUAUAGUA